UUUAGUUGUGGUUUUCAUUCAAUUGGGAAAUGGAUUGAAAUUUUGUGAUAAAUUCGCUGAAAAUAAUUACAAGAUAUCUUACGGUUACAGACAUAUGGUGUCAGAAGCGGACGCUUAUCGACAAUAUGUAGUGAUUGGACACGACUUGUGGUCAUUGAAACACACGGACAGCGCGAACGACACAAUCAAGACAGUGUCCAUCGAUGACCAGAAUAGCGGACACAGCGAUUGGUUUGGAGCAGACUAUUCAAUGGCUAUUUGUCUCUUAUUUAAUGGUCACGAAAGCUCUGAAGCACCGGGAGAUCACGGCAUUACUGGACUCAUGAAGACGGGCAGUAAAGACAUCGAAUGGGCUCUUCUUAACAAAGAUCUUAAAAUUAUCAAACGAUUGAACAAAACGACUGUUCCCUACGAUAUGACAGCGACUAUGGCUUGGGUUAUGAACUACGAGAAGACUAAACCCGAUUAUAUACAUCUCAGACAUGUGCUCCUAUGGGACGGGUUUCAGAUUACGGGCCGUUUCUUCGGUGACUACAAAAAGCCGGAGAACAACGAAGACGGAGACACUCGGCAUCAAACGCUUUACAACCAAAUGCUUUCCAAUCGCACUGUGAUUGCAGUCUUAGGCCAGGGAGUGGUCGGACAAAAAUAUGACGACUCGGUGAUAGUGUUGUUUCAAUUUGAUCACCAAAUCAAGUAUUGUUACGCAAAUCUCAGUCAAGACGACCACAAAAUGCCAGAAAUGUGUCGACCCGAGAAUCUAAAGACAUUGAUUGACUGCAAUUCCAACUCUUGGUAUUUGAUAUUAAUAUUACUUAUUAUUCUUAUCGUUAUAACCAUUGCUGUCAUCAUUGGUAUCGUCUCUCAUAUGUUUCAGAACAGGAAAACCACACAAAUCGGUGCGAAAUAA